AAAUCUUCUAUUCUAAUAUUUAUUGAAACAAUAAUUUUAGAUGACGAUGUUCCAAAUCAAUGCUCUAGUGUUGGUGACCCUGGCUUCCUUCACGAGCGCCCAGAUGUGUACGUUCCCUAAAUUGGAUGUGGGAGUGUGUGACAAGGGUUUCCUGGCGUACUCCCCUCAGAGGUUCACGACAGAGGAGAGGUUCAACCCUGGUCAGUUCAUGUUGGAGGCUAGUUCCGAAGCAGGAGGGGAGGGCAAGUGGUUCUAUGAGUCCAGAGAGAGACUAGGCAAAAUUGUCAGCGUGAAGAGGAAGUUUAAGAGAGCAGGGGAGGAGAGUUACGAAGAGACUGGAGACGAGGAGAUCCCUCACAGCUACACUCUGAAGAUCAGCAAGAACAAACUAAUCCCAGGUAAAUACAUCUACAAGACUGACGUUGGCAAAUCCUGUGCAUUUUUCGUCUACUAGACGACCAGACAGAGAUGAAGAUUACACAUUACAUUUUCAUCACGUGAUGUGGAAUAUAUUCAGUAUUUGUGUUGUAGAACUGCUAUUUUAAAUCAUUGACAAUUUAUUUCAUGUUUGAAUUUGAAACAAUGGCGAGUGCUUGAAAUUAUUUAUUUAUCUAAAAUUUGUGUGUUUGUUAAAUAGCUUACAAGUGUCACCCCUCAAUCCUCGUUAUUCAUACUAUUGCCUAUUUGAAUUAUUCAAACCAUACAAA